UUCUCUUUCCGACAUAUAACAGAUAACCUUCCGACGCAAAUCCUCGUCCAGGUACUGGCGGCAUGCAUCCGGCAGGCUAGGGCAAAUGAAAGUUUCGCCACAUUCACCCAUGAACAGCAGAAUCAAAUCCUGCGACACGUUUGGUUCGAAUGUUUCAUCCUGCGCGUCGCUAACUGGUCCAUCGAUAUCUCCUCCAUCGUGGAAAGAUGUGCCGACGAGCAACUUCGAACGAUUGUUCAGCACACAAAAGCGCUACAAGUGGAUCUAAUUGAACUUUCUCUGCUGGAGACGAUGAUACUUUGCCGGAAAGAGUACGCCCUGAGUGCGAAAGAAGCUCAACAACUGGAAAGCACAUCCGAGACAGCAUUGAUCGCCUUAGGCCACUACAGCAUGCAACAGAUGAGCAUCGUUGGUCCUCCGUCUGCAACAGCCGCAGCAGUAGUGUCAUCAUCGGUAUCUUAUCCGAGCAAAACAAUUGUUGCUGCCACUAGUACUAGUGCGCCGAUGCCCAACAGUGGGGCUAGUUGCACCAUACCAAUGUUCCUACCGUUUUCGUGCUACCGCUUGGGCAGACUGCUGCUCGGGUUAAGAGGUUUAUCUAUGCACUGCUACGAAUCAUCGGUACGUGCCAUGUUUCAUGAGGUCACCGGCGAUGGUCUAAUGGAACACUUUAUAACCAAAUUAUAGAAAGAGCGAAC